ACCCACGAGCCAGGAAGAACACACUCUCUACGUUUCUAUAAAGCAUUUCCUAGAAAUAAAAGGUAGCAUUGCAAAGUGUGACACCAAUAAAAAGACAAAUUAAUUUUCUAUGCUGUGUGCAUGAUUUUCUAUUCAUUCUAUCAAGUAAAAGUAGAUUAAAAAAGGCCACAACUAUUGCUAAAAUAUUAAGUCUGUUUUAACAAGCCUUCUGUUACUUUUGCACAUGACCUAACAUUUGUCUAUCAUACCUCUUGUAUCAUUUGUUUUCUUUAAGUUGUGAGACAAUAAAAGCUCUUGUACCGUUAUACAAGACUAAAUCAAUGUUUCGGUUAUUUUGGUUGCUGACAGUUUGGGUGAGGCAACAUUAUGUCUUCAGCAUGGUGCACAAUUACAUAUAGCAGAUAUGAGUCAAUUGUGGAAAAGUGUGAAUACACAGCAGCAUCUUGCCACUAGUGGGUGUGCCUAGGUGUUUCAUGAGUGAUACUGGAGACGGUUGAUCCAAAGAUAAGAUAAAAUUCAACUUUCUUUUCUCUCUAAACGUCAGACAAAGACGUGCAACAGAUGUUUUUGUUACUUGUUGUAGAUAAUGUUUUUUCACAAUGCUCUGUAUUGCUUUGAUCAGAAUUAUCUUACAGACAGACUUUGGCCCUGUCACCCAGAUAAAGCAGAACUUCAUCAUCAACAGGAAGCCAGGAAGCGAACAGCAGCAUAAGAACACAUGGCAUGAAUCUCGUGAACAACAAGUUGAAAUCUCACUUCACUUCGACUUUGUGUGCAUGUCAUGACGGUCCUUUCUACGAAUGCAAUUUCCAACACUAACGGAUGACUGCUGCUGCCGUUGCAGUCACAAUAUCUGAACCUUCAUCUACAACUGACACUCCCAUGCGUACCUGCCUUUUGUCAUAUCUGCCUCUGCAUUUAUAGGUGAGGAGCAGUCAUUUCCAUCCAGUCAUGAUGGGCAAUUCCACCAUCUUCAAGCUCGACAACACCACCAGGUCCCUGUUUAUAAAUGGAGACCUCAGCAUUGCCAUCUCUGUCAUCUACAUGAUCGUUACUUUGAUUAACUGGGUAGGAAAUGGCCUUUCCCUGUGGCUUCUCAUCUUCCGUACUUCUCCCAAGACCCCCUCCAUCAUCUUCAUGAUUAAUCUCACCCUCACCGACUUGGCCCUCGGUGCCGCCCUGCCCUUCCAGAUCGCAUAUCUGCUUCAAGGAUACAACUGGAAACUGGGAGCCAACAUGUGCAGAGUCCUGACCCUCGUCUUCUACACCAAUAUGUACUGCUCCAUCCUGACGAUGAUGGCCAUAGGAAUCGACCGCUACCUGGGCAUCGUCAGACCCAUGCUGUUCAGGGAGACCAGGGAGAGGAAGUCCAUCGCUGUCGUCAGCUGUGUCCUGUUGUGGGGUGUGGUACUGAGUGUCCUGUACCCACUGAUGACCACAGACCUGACCUUCGAUGUCCCUGAACUCCAGAUUACCACAUGCUUCGAUAUACUGAAGAGUGACAUGCUACCGACCAAGGCUGCCUGGGCCACCUUUGUCGUAGGCAUGGUGUUCGUCCUCUUUCUCUUCCCUUUCUGUGUCACGACAUUCUGCUACGUCAGUGUCAUCCGCAAACUGGCCAGAGAUUCCAAGACAGCCCAGAAAAAGAGAGCGAUACGUCUAGCCAUCCUUGUUCUCCUGGUCUUCACUAUUUUCUUUGCUCCCAACAAUAUUCUCCUGUUGACUCACGCUGUGCUGAGACUCUUCUAUAAGCAGUCUAUCUAUACGGCCUACAAACUGAGUCUCUGUUUCAGCUGUAUCAAUAGCUGCCUUGAUCCCUUCAUUUACUACUUUGCUUCCAAGGAUUUCAGACACAAGGUGAGACAGAUUAUGAAUAUGCACAGCCUGAGUAGUGGGGACUCAAUGAAGUUAGAGAAUAAAGAGACACUGUACUCUGCACAUUGUACUUUCGAAGGUCCAGUGAGAGAAAACAGCAGGGUGUCUCUGGUGCCAAAGCACACCACAACAUAGAGAGACUGAAUGAGAGGAAGAGGAAAAAAACAGAAGUGACAAAGGUGUGAGAGAAAGACAGCAAUGUGCCAACACUGUAUGUCUUUUAGUAUCUACCACAAGCAACAUUAUAGUUUUUUUUGACAAGCUAUGUAGCAUGCACAAGUCCAAACAAAAUGUGAAUAGAAUGUUUGUGUUAUAUGAGCCUUCUCUGAACAAGCUGAAUUUUUUACAUUAUGUUGUCAUAUAUCUCUGUAAAUAGUCUAUAUAUACUGUGUUUGACUAUAAACUGAUAUAGUUGUUUUUUGUUGUUGUUGUUGUUGUAAUUAGUUUCAGAUACCUGUACUAUUUUUUUCCUUAUUUACAAAAUAAAUGUAUUAUUAUUAUUAUUAUUAUUAUUAUUAUUAUUAUUAUUAUUAUUAUUAUUAUCCUGGACAUGUUGAACCGAUUCUGUGUCCCUAGUUAGGAUAAGUGGUUACAGAUAAUGAAUCAAUAAUGAAUGUUUUUGUGAUUGGAUAUUGGAUAUAAAUAGCUCACAGAUGCCCUUACAGUUUUAGGACCUUUUUAUACAAGACAAGUUUUGUGUACUGUUUUACACAUAUGUAUAUAGAAUUUGGCUAGAAUAUCAAUUUCAAUAUUACUUUUUCUUUCUUAAUGAAAGAAUCCAAAUAUUAUACAAGUAAUUUAACAUUUGAAAGCUGAGGGCCCUAUAGCUCGAUCACUACUGAGCAAACUAAGUGUACAGAAACAUUGAUUCAUUAAUGGAAGUGAAACUGUGAAACAAAGCCAUGUCAGUAACAAGAUGUAAUUGUUCAUGGUAUAUGAAUG